CACUGAUUUCCUCGGGAAGAUUUUAACAGGUCUAGUGUGGUUCCAUCAACGAUUGAGAAUCGGCCACGGCGUUCUUCCUUUGUAUCAUUCGGUGAAUAUACGGCAGUAUACAACAGUACGGAAUAAUGGUUCGAUUAGUGACCGUUCUGGUGCUGGUAAUGGCCACAGUGCUAGUGGAGUUAUCCAAAGGUUCCUUCGGUGCAUCGUUGAGUAAUGGCAACGCAGUGUCUCCAUGUCCCGCAAUCUUCCGGUACGCGACCGACAGUGUAAAGCAGCAAAUUUAUGGUAUCGUUGACACGCGUGAGCAGCAGGUGGACAAGAUCGGCAAGCUGGAACUGCAUCUCUCGAUUGCAGGGGAGUUGCAUUCGAAGUACGUCGGCUCGAUAGAAGCCAUCGAGGACAGUGCGCAGAUUUUGGAACAGUUCGGCAAAGGGCGCGGCGUGACGUACCGUGUCAACUUCCCCAUCCAGGAACCACUGCCAAAAAUAACGAAAGUGAUCUUCAACGAGCGGGAACUUUGCACCGGACCGGCUGAUCGCGGCAAUUUCGUCAGUGCCGUUACACUGCGACACUUUCUGCGAUCCGAUUCGUGCAAGGAAAAGUGCGACCGAACGAAGCUGGUGCCAACGAAUCUCAACCUGCAGCUGAGUCCCCCAGUACCUACUACUGCGGUAAUUGCGGCACCGGUGUCUGUUCCAAAGGUGAAGGAUGGCUCGGAUUCCGCGCAGAAGCUCACCGGCGAUACUCCAGCAGUUCAGCACGAGUAUCAGCGCACGAUCGAGCGUAAGGAGGAGACGAACAAUCCCCAGGACAACAGCACCUCGGUGAAGUACAUCCGGGAGGAGAUCACUUACCGCAAGCAGGUCAUUACACCGGGCGGUGCAUCGUCUCUGCAGGAUGACGAGCUGCAGCUACCCUCGUUCGUGAGUGGCAAACUGACGUAACCGCUAUCGCGAUAAUUGCCUAGUCCACGGCAGUAAAUUCCGAACGAAGCUUAUAUAGAACAUAGUACAUCACCGUGCAUUGGGAAAAUACGCCACUUGUGUAAGCAAGGCCGUUCUCGGCCCACAACUUAAUUCCGUUUCGAAUAAAGUUUUUUUUAUUUUCUCGUCUGUAAUCACAGUGAAACGGCACCGCGGCACUACAAGCGCGUGCGGCAUUCGUGAUAAUGUA